AUGACUUCAACUGAUGAAAUCGACAGCCUGGCGCCGAGUUCAACGAGCCCUACCUGUGGUGGAAGAGUAACACCAGAGGCAUCUCAAGUUAUCCCUGUGAGAAGUUCACGCAGCACUGCUGAUCUUGAUAACAGAUGCAAAACCUGUUCUUGUGGCUCAAUCCUGCCUGGGGUGCAAUAUGUUAUACCAGAGGCGUCGCCAGCUUUUAGGGAAACAAUGGGAAAGAUGAAAUAUGAACAAGUACAAAAUGUCGUCUCAGAAACUGGACGUACCAUCAAUGUAAAAUCGACAUCUUCAUCGCCCUCGUCAUCGUCGUCAUCAUCACCUUCAUCCUCACCGACGCCAUCGUCUUCUCCUUCGUUUCUAAAUAGACUGAAAUUAGCGUUCAAAAAUACAUCAUCAUCAUCUCAGAAGUGUUCCUUCAACUUGGGGAAAUCCCAGAAUUCCAGCGCUGGAAAGAACGGAAAUCCCCGCCGGCCGGCAUCUUUUGGUGGAGCUGAUGUGGUCAAACCAUGGACAGGCCGAAGGGCCAGCCAGUACGAGAAGCGAGUCUCCUGGGCCGAUGAGCGUGGUUCGGACAAAGCUUUGUUCACUGUCCGGUUAAUCAAGCCUCGACUGUCUUCGGAGUCCAAGCGUGCAAGACAAGUUACCCCUGGACAAUCCAUCCUGCGAAACUCCGGUGUUUACUAG